AGUGCAGAUCGGGCUAACUCUGAAAAAAAAAUAUUAAUCUAAACAAAUAAAAAAAGACAAAGUGACAAUACAAAAGAGUGAAAGAAUUCAAUCAACGCAAAAAAAAUGAUUCGAAUUUUGUGAGUAUAUGUGCGGUUUUUUAACGCGUUGUUAGUUUGACGGUAUUUGCAGUGGAUUUUGUAGUGGAUUUUAGUAGCGUAAAUCCUUUUGCUGUGAAAAUUGUUUAGAAAUGCCUGGUACGGACGGUGUGAAUAUGAUUUCGGUUCGUGAAAUGAUACGGGAUUUUGAAAAUUGUAAUAUAUCGCAGGAUAUGAGAAUGGCACAAACUGAACCAAGGAGAUCUAAAAGCCCAAGUUUUGUUAUACCAAGCAUUAUAAUUGACGACUUCGACUCAUCGUCGAAAGAAUCUAGUACCAAAGACUCGUCCAAACCCGUCCAGGACGCAACGACGACGCCCCCUCAAUCCUCGACAGCGGCGCCUCGAGUUUACACCAGGUCCUAUUCGGACGCGUCCAUCAAGAAGAUCUUGGAAGAAGCCGAGCAUCGUAAACACGAAUUCUGGAAAUUACUGGACGAGCACAACGCCGUAAUAGAAAAUCUCAAGAGGAUAGAAAAGCUGGAACGUAAAAUUAUUUGAAGCUGUGCCGCUAGCCGAUGCUGACGAUGUUCCGAUCGAAUUUAGUUUAGAUUUUUUCGUUUAUUUUUUGUUUGUUUUCCGCCUAGAUCGUGUAUUUUUCAUGGAUAAAGCUACAUAAUCUUUUAACUGUAUUGUCAGCAUAUCUUGGACAUUUUUUCUUAUUUUUUUCUUAUUUUUGUCGUACAUAUGAUGUUUUCUGUUUCUAUUUUUCCUGACAGUGCGUAUUUUAGCUGAAAAGUUUUAAAUUUAAUAGUAGUAAAUAAAGUUUCAAUGGAUGGUAUAUUGACAAAAACGCUUAAAACAUAAAGUUUACUUGUUCUAAUAGUACUAACUACAACGACCAGCACGGAAAAUGGGAGUUCUUUACUAUAUUUGGUUCUAGUGAGUAAAUUUUUUGACGUGUUAUUUGGCGCCCCACGUUGGGCACCAAAUAUAAUACCAUCGUUACUGUUGACCUGCCUACCGUUGGAUUACCAGACAGGACACUACAGACUACUGUAUUGACAGGGAACGUGGAAUGUUUUUUAUAUGUUACAACGUCCUUUUUCAUGCCGGUCAAUGUAUAAAAAUCCGAUACAUUAUUCACUCAAUUUUACAGUUAAAAAAUAUAUCUAUAGUCAUGUUGGAAAUGUAGAAAACAUAGAAAUUAUUGUGCCUUAUCCAUGAAGUAUACAUGAUCUAGGGUCUUUUUGUUUGUUAGUUUCUUAUGUUGUUGAUGUUUGCGCGACUACGUUCAGUAAGAGGCGCUAGAAAUUAAAGUAUUGUAGGAAACACCGAGAAGUUUUAGGGUGUAAAACAACGUUUUACACCGGGUAGUUUUACUGAAUUGAAACACGUACAAAGCGUUGACUUAGCCAAGAGUAUUUGUAGAUUUGGAACGCUUUUGACUAUUUUCUUAGGUUUUAAGUAGGAUUAAUUUUGUUCUAGUUCAAAUUUUGUCAAUACAAGUGGUUUUUUAGAAACAUAUAAAAGAAAACACUAAAGCAUAGACUACUUAUUUUAGAAAAAUAGAAUAUUUUAUAGUGUCGUGUAGAAAUGUAUUUUAAUUAUUCUGUAUCGAAAACAGUGGAUAUAU